UCAUCUCUCUCUUUUGUCUCUCUUCUUACAUUUUCUUCAUCUCCUUCGUCUCUUUACUUUCAUUCCUCUCUUUCAUCAAUCUUUCCUCCAUGGAAAUUAACAACAACAACAACCACCACCACUCUGAUACCGACGAUGACAUCCUCGCCUCCAUGAGCUCUGUUCCUCCUCCUCGUAAAAUCCAUUCCUACAGCCACCAGCUCCGUGCCUCCGGUCAAAAAGUCCGUCACCACCGCCAUCGCCAACAGCAUAGCCUCGAUGAUAUUCCCAAACUCACCGAGAUCAUCUCCGGUUGCAGUAUCUCCGGUGAUUCUUCCGAUGAUGAGUUCUACCCUUACGCCUCCACCAUCAACUCCUCGUCCUUUCCUUUCACCGGAGACAUCAACGAUUCCGAUGAUUACUUGAUAACACAUCAGCCUGAGAUCGGAGAAGAUUUUCAACCCCUUCCAGAGUUUGUAGGCUCCGGAGGCGGCGUGGGGAUGUUCAAAGUCCCCACGCGGUCUCCGUUGCACUCCGCGCGGCCUCCUUGCUUAGAGCUAAGGCCGCAUCCACUUAAGGAGACUCAGGUUGGGAGAUUCUUGAGGAACAUAGCUUGUACAGAAACACAACUGUGGGCUGGACAAGAGAGCGGUGUUAGGUUCUGGAACUUUGAUGACGCGUUCGAGCCAGGGUGUGGUCUAAGCGGACGUGUAAGGAGAGGAGAUGAGGAUGCUGCACCGUUUCAUGAGUCGGCGAGUACUUCACCUACCACUUGUUUGAUGGUUGACAAUGGGAAUAGGCUUGUUUGGAGUGGUCACAAGGAUGGUAAGAUUAUGUCUUGGAAGAUGGAUCAUGGACCUGAUAAUAAAAGUGAUGAUGGUGAGGAUGAUACUCCUUUCAGUGAAGGCCUCUCUUGGCAAGCUCAUAAGGGUCCUGUAAAUUCCAUAAUCAUGAGUUCUUAUGGUGAUUUAUGGUCAUGUUCAGAAGGUGGUAUAAUCAAGAUAUGGACAUGGGAAACUAUGGAGAAAUCACUUUCUAUUAGAUUAGAGGAGAAACAUAUGGCUGCUUUGUUAGUGGAGAAGUCAGGGAUUGAUCUCAAGGCUCAAGUUACUGUUAAUGGUAACUGCAGCAUAUCUUCCUCUGAAGUCAAAUCUUUGUUAGCUGAUAAUGUAAGAUCUAAAGUAUGGGCUGCUCAGCUUCACACCUUCUCCUUAUGGGAUGGUCGCACAAAGGAGCUACUGAAAGUUUUCAACACAGAAGGCCAAACUGAAAACCGCGUCGAAAUGCCAUCAGGGCAGGAUCAGCCACCAGAAGAUGAGACAAAGGUUAAGAUUGCUUCCAAUUCUAAAAAGGACAAGCCACAUGGAUUCUUGCAGCGCUCAAGGAAUGCUAUCAUGGGAGCUGCGGAUGCUGUUAGAAGAGUUGCAACAAGAGGAGGAGCAAACGAAGAUGCUAAAAGAACAGAAGCAAUUGUAUUAGCCGGAGAUGGCAUGGUUUGGACCGGAUGCACAAACGGUUUGCUUGUACAAUGGGACGGAAAUGGAAACAGGUUGCAAGAUUUCCAUCACCACCAGUGUGCUGUGUUGUGUUUCUGCACUUUUGGGGAAAGAAUAUACAUUGGUUAUGUUAGUGGUCACAUUCAGAUAAUUGAUCUUGAAGGCAAUCUAAUCGCCGGAUGGGUUGCGCAUAAUAACGCAGUGAUAAAGAUGGCAGCAGCUAAUGGUUACAUUUUCAGCUUAGCCACUCAUGGUGGUAUACGUGGAUGGCAUGUGAUUUCUCCUGGGCCUCUUGAUGGGAUAAUAAGAUCAGAACUGUCUGAAAAAGAACGGACUUAUGCACAGACAGAUAGUGUUAGGAUUUUGAUCGGUUCAUGGAAUGUUGGACAAGGAAAAGCUUCACAUGAUGCACUUAUGUCUUGGUUAGGCUCUGUAGCGUCAGAUGUUGGUAUUCUUGUUGUAGGCUUGCAAGAAGUAGAGAUGGGUGCUGGGUUCUUGGCAAUGUCAGCAGCUAAAGAAUCGGUAGGAGGAAAUGAAGGGAGUUCAAUAGGGCAGUACUGGAUAGACACAAUAGGGAAGACCUUAGAUGAGAAAGCAGUGUUUGAACGCAUGGGAUCAAGGCAGCUAGCUGGUUUGCUCAUAUCACUUUGGGUGAGGAAGAAUCUGAGAACACAUGUAGGUGACAUUGAUGUAGCAGCAGUUCCAUGUGGUUUUGGACGUGCAAUUGGUAACAAGGGAGGUGUAGGCUUGAGAAUUAGGGUCUUUGAUAGGAUCAUGUGCUUCAUCAACUGUCACUUGGCUGCACAUUUAGAAGCUGUAAACCGCAGAAAUGCUGAUUUUGAUCACAUCUACAAAACAAUGUCAUUUUCACGGUCAUCAAAUGCUAAUAACGCACCAGCUGCUGGUGUGACUACAUGUUCUCAUACCACAAAAAGCGCAAAUAAUGUAAUCGUCAACACAGAAGAGACAAAACAAGACCUAGCUGAGGCAGACAUGGUUGUAUUUUUUGGUGAUUUCAACUACAGGCUCUUUGAUAUAUCAUAUGAUGAAGCUAGAGACUUUGUCUCACAAAGAAGCUUUGAUUGGCUUAGAGAAAAAGAUCAGCUUAGGGCAGAGAUGAAAGCUGGAAAAGUCUUCCAAGGAAUGCGUGAAGCGAUAAUCACAUUCCCUCCAACUUAUAAAUUUGAAAGACACCGACCUGGAUUAGGAGGUUAUGAUUCAGGUGAGAAAAAGCGCAUUCCUGCAUGGUGUGACAGAGUAAUAUACAGAGACACACGCACCAGUCCAGAAUCUGAAUGCAGUCUAGACUGUCCUGUCGUUGCUUCAAUCAUGAUGUAUGAUGCUUGUAUGGACGUGACGGAGAGCGAUCACAAACCUGUCCGUUGCAAGUUCCAUGUGAAGAUAGAGCAUGUUGAUAGAUCAGUAAGGAGACAAGAGUUUGGGAGGAUCAUCAGGACCAAUGAGAAAGUCAUAGCGUUGCUUAACGACCUACGUUAUGUUCCGGAGACAGUUCUCAGCAGCAACAACAUUGUUCUCCAGAACCAAGACACCUUUGUACUUCGCAUCACCAACAAAUGUGUCAAGGAGAAGGCCGUGUUCAGGAUCUUAUGUGAAAGUCAUAGUACGUUGGGAGAAGAUGAAGAUAAGUUGGAGUUACAUCCUUUUGUCUCGUUCGGUUUCCCACGGUGGCUUGAGGUGAUGCCAGCUGCAGGAACUAUAAAACCGGAUAGUUCCGUGGAGGUCACGGUUCACCAUGAGGAGUUCCAUACAUUGGAGGAGUUUGUAGAUGGGAUUCCUGAGAAUUGGUGGUGUGAGGACACGUGGGAUAAAGAAGCAAUACUUGUGGUGAAUGUGCAAGGAAGCUGUUCCACUGAGACUGUGUGCCAUAAGGUUCAUGUUCGUCACUGCUUCUCGGCUAAGAAUCUUAGGGUUGACUCCAUCCCAUCUAACUCCAAAUCCACGGGUUUGAAGAAGAACGAAGGAGACUCUGGCUCCAAGUCUCAAAAGAAGAACAAAGGAGAUUCUAGCUCCAAGUCUCAGAAGAAGAGCGAUGGAGACUCCAGCUCAAAGUCUCAGAAGAAGAACAAAGGAGAAUCCAACUCCAAGUCUCAGAAGAAGAGCGAUGGAGAUUCCAACUCCAAGACUCAGAAGAAGAGCGAUGGAGAUUCCAACUCCAAGACUCAGAAGAAGAGUGAUGGAGAUUCCAACUCCAAGUGUCAGAAGAAGAGUGAUGGAGAUUCUAACUCCAAGUCUCAGAAGAAGGAUGAUGGAGACUUGAGCUCCAAGUCUCAAAAGGAAAGUGAUGGAGAUUCAAGCUCCAAACCUCAGAAGAAGAGUGAAGGAGAUUCGAGCUCUUGGAAGGUUCAGAGUGGGAAGAAGAACGAAGGAGAUACAAGUUCCUACACGUCACAAAGUGAAAACAAGAGUGAAGGAGACACGACCUCAUACAAGUGCCAGAGUUGGAAGAAGAACAGUAGUAACUCGUCAACGGGGGAGGAGAGCCGUAGUGGCCACAACAAACGUUGACUUGGGUUUCAAGAGACCAGUAAAUAUAUAAUACACUAAGUACGAACCUACUUAAAACUGUAGAAUAUACUCACUUGUUUGUAUUUUACAUUCAGAUACCAACUUUGAUUUGUACUCUUUUCAUUUUUAACAUUCAUAAUGUUUUAAGUUUUUCUUAAUUAUAUAUUAAGUACGUAAGCUUAGGAUGACCAUUUCAAUGUUUCUGGUUCAGUCUUUUUGCUUAGUUUUGAGUUUUAUAUGUUCGAAUUUCCGGGGAUUAGGGAUAUGAAUCCUUGAUUUGAAUGCUGGAUAUAACUCUAAAUGAGUUUCAAUCUCAUCUUCAAUACAUUUUUAAUUUGAUUGGUUUUGUGUUGCCUGUUUAGGACAACCUUGAUGAGUCGGACAAUAUUUCUGAUCAACAAAGAUCGGAUACUAAACGUUUAUUUCAUGACCAGGUUUUGAAACAAAACGUUUCUGACAAAACCUGUGCUUUGUCUAGCCUAUGUCUUGAUCCGAACCCGGAAAAAAAAAACAGAGCUCACCAACGUUAUGUUAUGUUCUCCAACUUCAUUAGUGUCUUUCCCUAGACUCCCAAUACUACCACACAGUAUUAUAAUAUUAUCAGUUAGUAUCUUCAAAAUAUUGAAAUCUUGCUCUCCAAGUUAUUGUUAGUUGUCAUACCUGAUUCCAUGGCCUGGACCGCAGUUGAGUUUAAUUACACUUACGGUGGUCUCCGUUUGAAACGUGUUAUCGGUUAUGGUCACACCAGCAGAAGCUUGGACGUGGAGGCAAUCUGUGUUGGACUUUGGUCUUGACUAUCACACUGUGUGACUAGAGUUUUCAAAUUUAUUUUGUUUUUAUCGUCAUCGAGUUUUCAAACUUAACUCGGUGCUAAUGAUUGGUCUACCUUCAAAUAUAAUCAAGAUGGUGGUGGGAAUCAGAUAUAUGACCAUAACAUAUAAUCAAGAGUGGAUUAACAACGUAAAUAACUUAGGCUACAAGCUUAUCCUAUUCUACGUACGCAAGUUUUCAUCUAGGUAUAAGGAAAGAUCGAGUCACACUCAACUUCGAUCCUUGAACAUGCAGCUAGUAUUAUUACGGCGCAUCAUGAUCCUUUCAUUGACCUUGAUAAAUUAAUUAAGAAAUUACUGGAAAAGUGUAAUUGACCAGUUAAUAACUUAAUUGAUCAUUUCAUCUUAUAUUUCUUGUUAAUAAUACGUCAAUUGAAGUGCAUGAACUUGAAAAAAUAUGAUUAAAUCAAAUGUUUGACUUAAGAAAUCAUUUUUAAGUAUAAGGAUAGCAUUUAAUAUAGGGGAGAUUCGAGGAACCUUUCGGUGUGAUCAUUGGCCCAACCCAAUUUUUUUUUUCUCUAAAGAAAUUGGCCCAAUUUUUCCUCCGUAGUAUUUCCACUUGUCAUGUUCCGUAACGUAACCAUGUUUUUUUUUUAAUAACGUAACCAUGUUGUUCCAUUGAAUAUUAGGUUCCUCGUUCUUUUUCAAGCAUUGAUCUGUUCUUAUUUAAGUUACCGAUUUGAAUCAACAAAAUUGCCAAUGAUGAAGGAUCUUUAAAUCACUUGGUUGCUACCUUAAGAUAUACGAAAUAAGGUACACUCAACUCAAGCCUAAAAGACAGAACCGUAUAUAUACGUUAAAUUUGACGGGUUAUUUCUGCAAUUAUUCAUUGGAUCCUUUUGUUUAAUAGUAAAGGAAACAAAACUGAAAAAUGAUCUCAGUCCCUGGUUUCUCUUUGCUUUUGGGGUCAAAAUCCCGGGUUUCUCAUUUCAAAGAGUUACCUACUGUUCCACUAUUCUACAUAUUAACAAAACAUAAAUUUAACUAACUGUUUGGACCGAGUCAACAGUUCUCAGACCCAGUGCCGGCUUAGAGGUAGUGCACACAGUGCAUUUACACAAGGUUUUGUUUUCUAAAAAAAAAUUCUUAAGAAAAUUAGGCCCUGUUUUGUUAGAAUGUAUAAAUAUCAGGGUCUUAAUUGUGAAAGUAACAAUGAUAUACCUAAAAU